GAUCGCACUUCAUUUUCCGGAAGCGACAGUUGUCGCAUACCUGCUGCGGCGGCUUCUGCGUGGGGGCCGGCGUGCUCGACAUCGUGAUUAUGGCCUUCCAGAAGCGAUGAAUGUUGGAGUGAGAGAGAGAUGAAAAACGCAACGACAGCUAUGAAGACAGUUGUGGAAAACGAUACGUCAGCUCUCCCCUAAAUCGGACAAUUGCUUGAUUAUUCGAAUUUCCAAGCAAGAUGCAGUCAGCUCGAUCCUCAGACUCGCAAUUGGCAGUCAGUGAUCCUUUUGCGAGGAGCAAUAGAUGAAGCCGAGGAAAGAUAUCCACAGAAACAAAUACAACUUGGCGAAGAAAGGGUUGUUGUCGAAAGAAAAAUGGAAUCUCCUCCUAAAUCAAAAAUCAUUUUUUCCUGACAAGGCAAAGAAGAAAAAGAAGAGUUUCCUAUUCCCGACGGCUCACUUUCACAGGGUCAGGCCAGCAUUGCAACGCAUCUCACACGCCACCCCCGCAGCGUUACCGAAACGCAAACUAUUGCUUUCUUUCCUUCUUCCCCUUUCUGCUAUAAUGCCUUCGAUUGCAACCCACCACGGGAUUUUUUUUUCCCUAGCUCAGGUGAUUGUCACCUUUGUUUACGCAUCAACUUGUUCACCGUUUCGGCGGAAUUGAAGACAACCUUUUCCGACGCUUCAAGCAAGUGCUGAU